AUGAAAAAUCAAAAAUUAUUCUCUUUUUCUCUAAUUUUUCAAAAAAAAACUUUACAACAAAACUUAUCAACACUUCCAAUGACUCCAAUUUUUAAAAAACUAAUAGAAAAUGACAAAAGAUCAACAUCUAUUGAGUUUAAACAAUACAACGAGUCUUUUUCUUAUAGUGAUUUAGUUCAUUGUAUAUUAGCUUUUAAAUCUUCUUUACAAGAAAUUAAACAUUGUAAAGAUUUGGAAGAAAAAAGAAUAGGAAUUUUUAUUGAACCAGGAUUUAUGUAUACAACAUCAAUUUUUGGAAUAUGGGCAGCAGGAGGAAUUGCUGUUCCUAUAUGUAUAACUCAUCCUAUUUCUGAAAUAGAGUAUGUAAUAGAGGAUUGUCAGGUGGAAAUUAUUAUUACAAGUGUAGCUCUUAAAGAGCGUCUUAAAAGUAUGACAGCACAUAUUAAUAGAUAUAUUUAUAUUCAUGUACUUUCAAAAUCUAUUUUAAUACAAGAGAAAAAAGAAACUCAAAAACUUUUACCAUUUAAUUUGGAUAGAGGCGCGUUAAUAAUAUAUACAUCUGGGACUACAGGAUUACCUAAGGGAGUUUUAACAACACAUAAAAAUAUUUCUACCCAAGUUAUGUCUCUAGUUAGUGCAUGGAAAUACUCUCCGAAAGAUAGAUUAUUACAUAUUUUACCUUUACAUCAUAUUCAUGGUAUAAUUAAUGCAUUAAUAUGCCCAUUAUAUGCAGGAGGAACUAUAGAAUUUUUGCAAAAGUUUAGUGCCAAAGAUGUUUGGUUUAGAUUUUUGGAUUUAGGAUCUCCUCAAAUUUCUCAAUUCAUGGCGGUUCCUACUAUUUAUUAUAAGCUUGUUGAUUAUUAUGAAAAGCAUGGAGUUGGAAUUAGUAAUAGUGAAUUAAAAUCUAGAAUGAAAAACAUACGUUUAAUGGUUUCUGGUUCAGCAAAACUUCCAAUACUUUUAAGGAAAAAAUGGCAUGAUAUUACUGGACAAAUUUUAUUAGAAAGAUAUGGAAUGACAGAAACUGGAAUGAUUUUAAGUGGAGGUCUAGAACUUGAAAAACGAUUAGAAGGAAGUGUAGGAUGGGAAUUACCUUAUAUUAAUGUACGUUUAGUGAAUACAAAUGGAUCAAUAAAUGAAGGUGAAAUUUGGGUUAAUGGAGAUACUGUUUUCAAAGAAUAUUUUAAUAAACCAGAUGCAACAAAAAAGGCGUUUGUAUAUGAAAAAGAUGGCACAAAGUGGUUCAAAACCAAUGACAUAGCAACUAAAACAAAAGAAGGAGCCUAUAUUAUUCAUGGAAGACAAAAUAUAGAUAUUAUAAAAUAUAGUGGAUAUAAAAUUUCUGCUUUUGAAAUUCAACAGAAAAUUCUAUUACUACCAUAUAUUCGUGAAGUUGCUAUAAUUGGUAUUGAUGAUGAAAUAUGGACUCAAAGAGUUGCAGCUUUUGUGACACUCACUUCAGAUAAAAAAGAAUUAACUUUGAAUGAUUUAAGAUCAGAUUUAAGAAAUAUGUUAGCUAGUUAUAAACUCCCUACAAUAUUAAAAAUUUUACCUAACGGUAUUCCUAAAAAUGACAUGGGGAAAGUAAAUAAAAGAAACUUAAUUGAAGAGUUUAAUUAUGGAGAUAUACAAAAAUGGUCUAAUUAA